UAUUCUGGGCUGUCAGCUGAAAUUCAAAGCCCUCAAAACCAGAUUCGUACGGGAAGCAGAUCAGAAAACACUUGUAUCUUGUACAUUUAUAAUUUUGUAUCUCUUUUGAGUAAAACUCUGGGCAUCUUUCGCUGCAACCGCAGAUCAUGUCAGAGGCAGACAGCGUCGUCUGGAGAAAGUUCGAGAUCUCAGCAGCAACGCCGAACAACAGUCACAUUUCGCUUCGAACCGAACUGAAAAUAGAGGAGAUUGAGGAGCAGAAUGAGCUAAAGAAAACUGCUGAAAAGCAGCAGGAGAAAGCAACGGAAACCGAAACAGUUUCGCAGAAGGCUGUGAAGGACGAGGAGCCCAGAGAAGAUCCGGAGGAAGAGUCUGAAUCUUUCAAGGAAUUCCAUAGUCGAGAAAGCAGUGGUGAUACCAAGUCCUUAACCUUCGAUUCGUCCUGUAUUAGCCAAGCUCCGCAAAAGCUCAGUCACUCUGAGGAAGACUUGCCACUUCAAGAAGGCUGUGGCGAUACAGACGACCUGAGUUGCCCCUCGUCCUUCCUUUCCUGCUCCUCCUAUGAGCGUCUCCGGCAAUCGAUUUGCAAGAGAGACCGUCGCACGUCCACAUUAAACGUGAGAAGCCCCGUUGAUCUGGACCUCGAGCAGGAUUUGGAGACCACCAUCUCCGAAAUUAAGCUUAGACAUUCCUCUUCCGCCAGUAGCGUAAUGAAGGGCAGGUCCCUGAGCCUAACCAACAACAGCCGCGAUAGGGCAAUUGGCUUUGAAAGCAACAACAAUUGUUGGCCCUAUUUCAGGCAUUCCGAUAUCGAUGGCGCCCUCUCGGCCUUCAAGAGGGUGGACGAAGACAAAAACGGGUAUAUAUCGCUGUGCGAGCUGAAGAGAUUCCUCGAGAUCCUGGAGAUGCCCCAAACUCACUUGAAGGCCAAAAAGAUAAUGGCCCAAGUGGUUGGGGGCUCAGAGGAGCGACUGAACUUCAGCGAGGCCCUACUCAUUUUCGGAUCCGUGAAGCAUCGCCUGGUGCCGCUCAGGUGGAGGCUGCAUCAGCGCGAGAAGGGCCAGUUUGUCAUCAACGAUAGGGUCGAUGUCGCCCAGGUGGGCGUGACCGGGGCCAAGCUUUUCUUCGAGGCCAAGAUCGCUUUGCAAACACCCAGAUACCAGAGGGAGACGAUCAAGAAAAGCACUGAAGUUCUCAAGGAACCCCAGAGCGAACCCUGAUUCGUUGCGUUUAAAUUUCACGUUGAAUAACUGCUAAAUUUCACGUUUAUUUGCUGACUGACCUUGGGUCUACCACAUAACUUCCCCAUAAAUCAUUUUCCAAUAAAACACGAUCCAGGAACGCGAA